UGUACAGGUCUGCAAACAGUGAAACCAAUAGCUUCGGCGCAGCGGAGUCACAUGGUGGCAGAGUGACACACCUGUGUGCAGCCGUGAGGGCCUCGCAGUUGCGCCAGAGACAGGUAGAGCAGAAGGUCCACGCCGGGGCAGGACUCAGGUACGGUACAUGUGCGGGUCUUCGGGAGCCAUGAAUCGGGAAGAUCAUUUUUACCCCUCUCAGGUUUUUAAAGACUCCUGUGCGUACCAGAGGGCGCAGGGGGAGGACUACAGCCACAGCCCGCCGCCCUGCCUCUACAUGAGCAGGCAGGUCCACUCCGUGUACACGCCGCCGGCCAUGGGAGCCCUGGAGCAGGCCAGCCUGCCUGACAUUGCCCCCUCUUACAGUCUACCCAUGCGGGAGGAUCCAGGUGUGCCUCAGCUGCACCAUCCUCAGGGGCUCCAGCAGCAGCCUCUCCCGCCGGCUGCAGGCUAUGGAGACACAGGGGAGCAGAGCAGAUACCACCUCCCUUUCCCCUGGAUGAAAACCACCAAAUCUCACUCACACACCUGGAAAGGACAGUGGGCAGGACCCUACGUGAUGGCAGAGUCAGAGGAAAACAAACGCACCAGGACAGCCUACACGCGCGCCCAGCUGCUGGAGCUCGAGAAGGAGUUCCUGUUUAACCGCUACAUCUCGAGGCCGCGGCGCGUGGAGCUGGCGCUGACCCUGAGCCUCACCGAGCGACACAUCAAGAUCUGGUUUCAGAACCGGCGCAUGAAGUGGAAGAAGGAGGAGGACCGGAGGAGGGCGAGGGGGGGCGAACCGGACCAGGACUCCUCCAUCACCUCUGGGGAGGGGGAGGCCGCGGGAGGGGUCACCUCCACGAACGGACCUCUCACCACCACCACCUCGCCCCCCGUGUCCCCGCUGCACGGUCACUCCCUGUCCGCACCUGGGGCCAGAGAGCCCGCUUAGACCCGCAGAAGCUCAAGACAAGGACUUAAACUCGUGUUUUUUUUAAAAGCCAAAUAGACUUAAAAACCACAUUAUUAGGCAGCCCCAUAUGAAAGGAGUUAUGUUUUUAGGAUACAUAAUUAGGUCUCCCAUAUGACAUUUAAAUAAAGUGCUCACUUUCAGGGACCCCUUGGACUUUCUCAGGCCUCCUUUAUGGAUACAAUGUCUAUUGACUGAGGGGACAUUUCUCCAAUCCCACGUCAUUUUGCAUGCUUUGAGUUUUUUGUGCACCAGAUGGCAUGCUGAGACAACCAAAUAAUGCAAGGACCACACAUUUCUUCUCCUUUUAGAGGCUGCAACAUGGAUUUAGUUGCACAAACAGUUUGCAAACUGCAGCGCAUUGUUCCUCACCUCAGACAACAAGUUUAUGAAUGUAUAUAUGCGUAA